AUGCCUGUCAGUGUCAAAUAUCUGUCAGCCAAAAUCAUAUCCACAUCAUCUUUGCCAGGGUACUCCUUGAUGGAGCAUGUAUGGACCUCUGUCAGCCAAAAUUGUAUCCACAUUGUCUUUGCCAGAGUACUCCUCAAUGAAGCACAUAUACACCUCUGGUACUUCUCGAUGGAGCACAUAUGCAUCCCCCCUAUUGUUGAAGAUGGAGAUGUUCAUGUUUGCAUCACCUGCUGUUUGUGGCUUGUUCACAUCUUCCACAUUGACUGCUGCAAGCCUAGUGACCUCAAACCAGCCUACACUGUUGAUGCAGUCCACCAGCUUCAUGGAGAGUUCCACCUCAACCAUGAAGCAUUUGAGUGGGUGUUGGAUGAGAUUGAGGCGAAGUUCAACCAUACUCUGGUUAACCCUGGAGGGAUGUGCAGUACUGUUGCUGCCCAGUCCAUUGGUGAACCAGCUACUCAAAUGACUCUCAAUGCCUUCCACUAUGCCAAUGUGUCCAGCAAAAAUGCUACACUCAGUGUCCCCUGUCUGAAAGAAAUCAUCAAUGUUGCUACCAAUAUCAAAACACUUUCACCUUCUGUGUACUUGGAAUCCUACAUGGCCCAGGACAAGAAGACUCCAUUGACUCUUAACACCUUCCACCACACUGGUGUAUACAACAGAAAUGCUAAACUUGGUAUCCCCCAUCUGAAAGAAAUCAUCAACAUUGCUACUUGGUAUGACCCCAACCCUACAUCCACCAUUAUCAAAGACUCUGUAAAUGCUAUGCUCAGUAUCCCCUGUCUGAAAGAAAUCAUCAAUGUCACUACAAAUAUCAACAUGCUUUCACUUUCUGUGGAUUUGAUGAGGAAAUCGAGUCAAAGCUCCACCUUCAGUCACCAUGGCACCUUUGGCUGGUGCUUGACCAUGCCAGAAAGAUUGAUUGGAGUCUUGCUGUGGUUGCCAGCCACAUUGCUGGGAGCUUCAAGAUGGACCUCUUCAUCAUCCAGAGCCAAGAUAACUUGGAGAAAUGGGCAGGGUACAGUUGAAGAAGACAUCUUCCUCUGCCAAUUCAAGAACACAACAUUGAACUUGGUCAGCCUGCAUAGUGUCCCUACCUCGUAUUUUUGUUGGAGUAUGAUGAGGGGAGCAUCAAGACAAGAGGAGCAGGUUUUGGAGACUGAUGGCAUCAACUUGAAGGUGGUGAUCUGCCUUCCAGACAUUGACUUUACUCACAUGUACCUGAACAGCCAGUGCAUUGAAGCUUCCAAUGCACUUGGGAUUGCAGUUGCACAUGCAGCAAUCAUGAAGAAAGUGCAAGGAGUCAUUGAAUUUGGUGGUUCAUACAUGAACUACUGCCACUUGUCAUUGUUCUGCAACCUCAUGACCUAUUGUAGAACACCCAUGGCAAUCACUCCUCAUGGUAUCGACCAUGCUGACACUGGCACCCUGGUGUCGCUCAUUGGAGGAGAAACAGUGGGGAUUUUGAUGGAAGCUGCUGGGCAUCACUGA